UGGCAAGCAAAGGAGUGAACGGAAGCCUUCCGUUCCGUUUACACACGAUUGAAUGUGUAUCCCAUGGGACUCACAAUUGAGAACCCUAAAUCAAAGUGUUAUCUAUGGCUUGCAUAUCUUCAAUCUUAGAUAGUUCUAAAAAUUGCAGCUAGGAUCUCGAAAUCCCCAUCCGUUCCUCUAGCCAUCACACUCCUCUCCCCUAACCGCACACCAUUAUUGUCCCGAUCUUUAUGCACUGCGGCUGAGACCCGGAUAAUUGAGCGCAUCGCCGACGAGCUUCUAGACCUCACCAAGCUCGAAAGGUACGAUUACUACAUCCUUUUCCGGCACAACAUGGCCCUCAACCGGUACGGACCCGCAGUGUCUGGCUCGGCCUCAUAUGGCUUCACUGGGCCCGCGGCGGCUGAAAUCAAGGCUGCAGAGGAGGCCGUGUUCGAUCUAAAGCUGGAGAAGUUUGACACAGCGACUAAGAUCAAGGUCAUUAAGGAGAUAAAAGCUUUUACAAGUUUGGGUUUAAAGGAAGCGAAAGAGCUGGUCAAGAAAGCUCCGGUGGUGGUGAAGAAUGGGCUUAGUAAGGAACACGGUUGUGCCAUUAUCGACAAGCUUAACGAAUCGGGUGCCAAUGCGGUACUGGAAUGUGUGAUCCAUUUUCUUGCUUCUUAUGUAUUUUCUGCUCCCAGAUGAAGUUGAGCUUGAUCUGCUUCAACUACAUGUAUGUCUGGUUUUGCUUUAUUUAGAUUGCAUGGCUCUAAUAAUUAGCCAUUGUUGUUUUACAGCUGAUUAUGGCAGGCGUGGCAGUUGUAGUUGUUGAUACACUUGGGAGAAGACCUUUCUACUUGGAGGCGUCUCUGGAAUUGAGAUAUCAUCCAAAUGCUAAAAAGAGCAUGGCACCGUGAAAGCAAAGGAGAUUGCGUUGACAGGCGGGGGAGGAAGCAAGACACAUAAUGAAAGGGCAGCUGCACUUUUUUCCAUCUUAGAAGCCAGAUCACACAUCAAAGAAGACUCCAAUUCAAGUGAAAAUCGUAAACAGGCUUUCAGUAUGGAAGAAGUGGUGCUGCUGCAAAGUCUGCUUCCAGUGGCAAAGCUGCUGCACGGAUUGCUUUGCACAUGGCAGGUGAAAGGGCACCUGUAAAUGCUAUAGCGGUUAAGAGUCUCUUCACCACGGUUGCAGCUUCACGAUCAUUCACUUCUAUAAGUUAUGAUCUUCUCACGAAAAAUGAACACGAAUAUGUCAAAGUUGAGAAACCCUCCAAAAAGAAAGGUUAUGUUCGGCUGCAGACGAAACAACCCGUGGUGAUUUGAACAUUGAGUUGCACUAUGAUUUAACACCAAGAACGUGUGAGAACUUCCAUCACUUUGUGUGAACGUGGUUAUUAUGAUGGACUGGCUUUUCAAUGAGGGUGUUACAGCUGUAUGCUUGAAGGUGCAGAGGCAGCUAGAGCUUAUUCAAGCCAAUCUAUUUCGUUAUGCUUUUAAUAAUGCUACAAAUUUUCAUCUUCCAGCAAGUGUAAUCAAGACUCUCAGUAAGCUAUGAUGCACUUUUCUGUUAUAGCACAUCAUUUAUUUACAACAACCAAUAACAUCACUCUUAUUCUUUUUGUAAAAAAUGAAAAGUAC